AUGCGGUCCUCUACGAGACUCACCUCGUCCGCAGCGCUUCUCCUCGCUUCUACGCCUCUGAUCAAUGCCUCACCACACCCCAUCGACAAGCGCCAAGCCGCAGCACCAGCAACCACACCCUCCCCCUCCACAGACCCACCCGACGCCACGAGCACAGAAAAUAGCGUCCUCCUCACGAUCCAGCUCGACUCCUCCCUCUCCAGCACCACAACCCUCACUGUUCCCCUCGACACUGUUGCUCUAUCCAACUUCAUGCAGCGCGCCACCUUCGGCACCUCCCUCACCGCGCCCGGCAUCUUCUGCGGCGCGUUUCAGGAUACCGGCGCCAGUGUGUUGAUCGGGUCGAUCUUCGAUAGUGCGCAGCCGGGGCAAUUUCAGGCACAGGGCCGGCCAAGUCUGGCGGAAAGUUAUUACUGUAGCCGGAACAAGAUUGCGGUGGAGAGGCGGGUCAAGGAGACGGUGGUGGUUGGUGGGGAGGGGAGCUAUGCGUGGAAGAUGGAGGGGCAGGAGCGACAGCAUGGGCAGCCGCCUGUUGGUGGAGGUGGAGGUGGUGAUACGGUUGCACGACCAUUUUCCGCGCCUCCUGUUGUCGGUGCAGGCGGUGGAGAUACGGCGAGCAGGCCGACUGUGGCUGGUGGUGCUGAUGGUGGUGAUAAAGGUUGGGAGCCAGGGAAGGGCCAAGAUCCCAAGCAUGAGUAUACGCAUAUGGCUGGAGCGCCUCAGCCGACGCCUGACUCUGGUGGUGGGGAUAAGGGUGCUCAGAACUAUGAUGAUAAGCCGUGGGAGCAUGGUCAAGGUCAAGAUCCGAAGCAUGUAUACACGCACGUGCAAGGCUCGGCUCCCCAGCCUACCGUCGCGUGGGCCAAGCCGCCGCAAGGUGGUCAGUAUGGCGGCGGCGGCGGGGACAAGGGCUACAAUCCGAACAACCAGUACGGGGGCGACGACAAGCCUGACGGCGGAGCCCCUUCUCAACCACAACAGACUGGUGACGCGAAGCCCUGGGGCUCGAAGGGUAUUGAUGAGAAGACCUCCUAUCAGCCGAGGCCAUCGGACCAUGUGGAGGAAGGGAAGGGUUGGGAGCAGGGCAAAGGUGCGGGACCGGCGCCUGGGUAUCAGCACAUGAAUGGUGGAACUCGGAGUGGGUAUCGCCUGUGA